UAGCUAGCUUGUGUCGGGUUUGCGAGCGAGAAUGGCUACGACAAAGGACGAGGAUCGGGAGAGAUCUGAGAUGGUGGCCGAAGUGAAAGGGAGGGACGGCCCUGUGGGCGAGCUGAGAGGCCUGAGGGAUGCGGCCAAGGCUGCAGCGGUUAAGGCCAGGGACUUGCUCUCGGGUGAGGCCGGGGGGACGGAUCGCAGGCAGCCGGAGACGGAGGAACCGGGGCGGCAGAAGCUGGAAGAGAUGAGACUCAGGGCAACCGGGCAGCACGAGGAAGCUCAGAGGGGAAUGGAGGCGAAGGACAACAUAGUGAGCUCAAUAGGGAGCGUCACCGAUGCAAUCAAGGAGAAACUGACUCAGCCGACCGACGUGGUUAAUGAGACCCGGUUGGCGCACGAGCAUGGCGCGGCCCUCAGGGAAGACCCUACAGCUGGACCAACCGGGUCUGAACACAUCCCACCGGGAGCGGCUUGAUCUUGUCGAUUUACUGGAUUACAACGGAUAUGAAAUCUCUACACAUGCAUCUUCACUUUCAUGAACAGUACAGGGAGAUGGAUACUCGGUGUCUUAUGAUUUCGGGUCUUCUGCUUUGUAUGUAUGCCCUGAUUAAACUCGAUCCGUAGCGGCCGGGAGAGUCGUGCUUAAUCUCAUAAAGAAGCGAAACGCAAUGGAAGUUCACAUUGCAAUUGAAUUCACCGGCUGGUCAUAUGGGAUCGCCAUAGAGCAUAUAAAAAGUUACAUAUGUUUCUGAGAAAAAGAGCCAAAGGCAGUGGUACCUCAUCGAGAACCUUGAGGUCUGAAGGAUCAAUUCUCGCCUGUAGAACCUAUCAUGUUCUUUUAUUUUUUAUUUGCCUUUUCGGUCACUGAACUUAAGAAUCUUCUUUCUAGUUGAACAGAAAAGAAAAUCUAAUUUUUUUUGUAAUUAA